UCAAGAUGGCGCUGCUCGCGAUACCUUCUUCACGCUGGGCAGUCGCAGCGGCCGCUUUCGAAAAGCGCCGGCAUGUCGUGUUUCUGAUCCGGUCUCUAGUCUCUGUCCGUGGCGCAGGUUCUCAAUGGAGAUCACGUCAGCGCGGCGCUUCAGGAACCGCUCGAAUUUCCCAGAUCCCAGAGUCAUUUAGACAUACUACAUGGCAGAGACUGGGAAAAGGCAACUCAAGACAGAUAUUAGAUGUUACCAGGGCUCUCCAGGCCUGGCCACUGAUAGAAAAGAGGACAUGUUGGCAUGGUCAUGCAGGAGGAGGACUCCACACGGACCCAAAAGAAGGGUUAAAAGAUGUUGAUACUCGGAAAAUCAUAAAAGCAAUGCUUUCUUAUGUGUGGCCCAAAGACAGGCCAGAUCUACGAGCUAGGGUUGCCAUUUCCUUGGGAUUUUUGGGUGGCGCAAAGGCCAUGAAUAUUGUGGUCCCCUUCAUGUUUAAAUAUGCUGUAGACAGCCUCAACCAGAUGUCGGGAAACAUGCUGAACCUGAGUGAUGCACCAAAUACAGUUGCAACCAUGGCAACAGCAGUUCUGAUUGGCUAUGGUGUAUCAAGGGCUGGAGCUGCCUUUUUUAAUGAAGUUCGAAAUGCAGUAUUUGGCAAGGUAGCCCAAAACUCCAUCCGAAGAAUUGCCAGAAAUGUCUUUCUUCAUCUUCACAACCUGGAUCUGGCUUUCCACCUGAGUAGACAGACAGGAGCUUUAUCAAAGGCUAUUGACAGAGGGACAAGGGGUAUCAGUUUUGUCCUGAGUGCUUUAGUAUUUAAUCUUCUUCCCAUCAUGUUUGAGGUGACUCUUGUCAGUGGUAUUUUGUAUUACAGGUGUGGUGCCCAGUUUGCACUGGUAACCCUUGGGACACUUGGUGCAUACACAGCAUUCACAGUUGCUGUUACACGGUGGAGAACUAGAUUUAGAAUAGAAAUGAACAAAGCGGAUAAUGAUGCAGGUAACGCUGCCAUAGACUCGCUGCUGAAUUAUGAAACUGUGAAGUAUUUUAAUAAUGAAAACUAUGAAGCACAAAGAUAUGAUAGAUUUCUGAAGACAUAUGAGACUGCUUCACUGAAAAGUACCUCUACUCUGGCUAUGCUGAACUUUGGUCAAAGUGCUAUUUUCAGUGUUGGUUUAACGGCCAUUAUGGUGCUCGCCAGUCAGGGAAUUGUGGCAGGUACCCUUACCGUUGGAGAUCUAGUAAUGGUGAAUGGACUGCUUUUUCAACUUUCAUUACCCCUUAACUUUCUGGGAACUGUAUAUAGAGAAACUAGACAAGCACUCAUAGAUAUGAACACCUUGUUUACUCUACUCAAGGUAGACACUCGAAUUAAAGACAAAGCAAUGGCAUCUCCCAUUCGGAUCACACCACAGACAGCUUCGGUGGCCUUUGACAAUGUGCAUUUUGAAUACAUUGAGGGGCAGAAAGUCCUUAGGGGAAUAUCUUUUGAAGUCCCUGCAGGAAAGAAAGUGGCCAUUGUAGGAGGUAGUGGGUCAGGAAAAAGCACAAUAGUAAGGCUGUUGUUUCGCUUCUAUGAGCCUCAAAAGGGUAACAUUUACCUUGCUGGUCAAAAUAUACAAGAUGUGAGCCUGGAAAGCCUUCGGAGGGCAGUGGGAGUGGUACCUCAGGAUGCUGUCCUCUUCCAUAAUACCAUUUACUACAACCUCUUAUAUGGAAACAUCCAUGCUUCACCUGAGGAGGUGUAUGCAGUGGCAAAAUUAGCUGGACUCCAUGAUGCAAUUCUCCGAAUGCCACAUGGAUAUGACACACAAGUAGGGGAACGAGGACUCAAACUUUCAGGAGGAGAAAAGCAAAGAGUAGCAAUUGCAAGAGCCAUUUUGAAGGAUCCUGCAGUCAUUCUCUAUGAUGAAGCCACUUCAUCAUUAGAUUCAAUUACUGAAGAGACUAUUCUUAGUGCAAUGAAGGAUGCAGUCAAACACAGAACUUCUAUUUUCAUUGCACACAGAUUGUCAACAGUGGUUGAUGCAGAUGAAAUCAUUGUCUUGGACCAGGGUAAGAUAGCUGAACGUGGUACCCACCAUGGUUUGCUUGCAAACCCUGGCAGUAUCUAUUCAGAAAUGUGGCAUACACAGAGUAGCCGUGUGCAGAACCAUAAUAACCCCACAUGGGAUGCAAAGAAAGAAAAUGUGUCCAAAGAGGAGGAAAGGAAGAAACUACAAGAAGAAAUUGUCAACAGCGUGAAAGGCUGUGGAAACUGUUCCUGCUAAGUUGCACAAGACAUUUUUUUUUUGACACAUUUGCACUGAAGCAGAAUUGUUUUAUUAAAAAAGAAAUCAUACAUUCCCAUUUCUAUAAUCCUUUUUUUAGGUAAGAUUUAUUUGAAAAGCAAUUUGAGUUUUACAUCUUUCACAAUAUUUCAUGUGAUGUCUGUAUUUAGCCACGAAUUAUUUUCUUGUUACUGCCUUAUUUGUGCCCAAAGCAUCGUUUUUGUUACUAUUUCACUUUGCCCCAUUUCCAUUUUGGGGGCCUGAUAGCCAUUUGAUAUCCAUAACCAGAUGAAUUACAUUGGAUUCCAAAUUUUAAUAGUUUUUUAAAUUUCCUUUAUGCUGACAGUUUAGAUGGAAAGUAUCCAUUUCUUUUUUUUUUUUAAGAGGACAGUGUAGGUUCAUUGUUUCUCCUCCCUCCCCACUGACAUACUUCAGUGAUAGAUACCUACACUUUCAUUUUUUAAAGUCUUUGCCACUGUAUAUCUUUUGGAGGAAAAACCUUAAUUCUCAUGUAUGUAUGUAGAAUGUUCUUCAUCAUUAACCAGCAUCUCUAGUGACGGGAAUUUUAUUUUUUCAUCAAAAUGAGUUAUUGCUCUUGUUUGGGACCAAAAUUUAUGCCUUUCUCUUCAAACACUUAAAACCCUGAUGUAAUUUGACAGUUGUCAUACUGGGAAUGAUCUAAAAAGCUUAGGAAGUUAAUUGCCCUCCUAUUUCCAUCUUAACUCUAGUGCUUUUGGUGUCUGAAGUUAUAUAAAGAAACAACUAAAUGGAAUGUAUGCAUGCACAUAUAUGUGUGUGUGCACAUGCUCACACUUGUAUAUAAAGCAGCAACCACUUAAAAAUUAUUAAUGACCUUGAGGUAAAUAGGAGAAUAUUAUGUAUAUGUACUCUAGAUGAUUGGGACUUUAAUCAGUGACACGUCAGAAUUUAUUACAAGGUCAUCCCUUCCUUUUUCAGUAAUUUAAUGAGUUCCUUUAAAUGUGUCAUAACAAGAGCCCAAACAAAAUGAUCAGGUUUUACCUGUUAAUAAAAUGUUGGUAUAUGUUCACUUAGAAGCUCCUCUCUUUUCCAAUUUGAGUAUCUUCUUUUCUUUUUGAAGAAGCUGUUUUCUUUUCAUAUGAUUAGAGGUGGUCUCUAGGCCACUGGAUCAUGUGGUCAUUAACCAGUAUUUUCAGCUAAUAAAAACUUGAAUAACUUAAAAAACACAGUUAUUGUAAGGGCCAUUAAGUAAGUCUUAAAUAUUUUCAUCAUAUUAAGAUGGUUCUAUACAGUGAAAUAAUAGACAAAAGAUUCACUGAGAAGAAAAUGUCAAAAAAGGGGCAUUUAUUAUAACAAUAAUUUUACAUUACAAUAUUACAUAUUCACAUAAAAAGGUAUAAAGUAUAAAUUUUUAAAUGUUGAAACUUUUUUUUUAAUGGAUUGGGAUGAAUAAGCUACAGUUUUAGAAUAUGGGCUCUGAAAAUGGAGCAAGAUGAUAGGGUUUUAUUUCUUACAUCCCUCUAUUUUAAAAAUUGCAUAUUUCCUUCCUAAGCAAAUCCCAGUUUACAAAAAUUAAAUUGAAACAAGAGUAAUUUGGGAUCAGAAAAACUGAUGCCUUCCUGAAGGUUUUUAACAUAGAAAUAUCU